AUGGAUGGAGAUGACACAACUGCUAAAUGGAUCCCACAGGCUGAGAGCGGAGAUAGAGAGAGAUGGGAAGAAUGUCCUUCCACUUCUCGUGAACUGCCUGUAAAUUUACUUUCUGGUUACAAGAUGCAAUGGGCGUUGAAUCGCCCACUAAAACUAGUUUCAGGUCGUCAAUUUAUAUAUGUCAAUGCUUACAAGCUUGCCACACAAAGUCUUACAUUCCGUCGGCUGAUUAAAGAAGUUGACGAGCGUCAAAAGAGGCGGCGCAAUCGACAAGAUCAACAGCAUCGCCAACGUGAGCAUUCAAAAGAACAUCCACUACUCAUUGAUUGCCAUCUUAGCACUGACGUCAAUGAUUUGGCUUUCGCCAUUCAUUUCUGUCACUUGGGAGAGUGCCGAAUAUCCACCACCACCGUAAUUGAACGAUCAGAAACUUUGCCAACGAAAAGAAGGGAUGAAAAAUCAAAAAACAAAGAAGACCUCCGAGGUACUACAAAUACAGUACUCCUGAGCACCGCACAGCUGCACCUGACAACGACAGUAGCAGAAUGCAAUCUAACGUGUGGCUUGCGAGUGGCAAAUACUUACGGAAUGGAAAGCCUUCACAAAUACUGUAUCGCCUACUUGAAAACAAAUCUGAAUUUAGAAAGUUGCUGGACCCUCUGGAAAAUUAUAUUCACAGCUCCAAACACCUCCACAAACACUAACAUAAGUCAGAUUGAUGAAAAAGCAGGUCAUGUGCUAAUAAAAUUCAUGCAUGAAAAUUUUCGCAAAUUUACACUAAGGGCGCUUUCAAGGGGUUUUGCACACUUUAGCGCCUCCGAACUUGAAUUCCUUCUUGCCUCGGACAGGCUAAAUGUCCGCGCUGAAUCAGAGGUAGUAGAUAUAAUAGAGGCAUGGAUCAGUGUGCAAUCGAAAAAUUCUGACGCGCUGCUCAAGUUUACUCCACGUCUAAUCGAACAUUGCGUGAGACUCGAUCAGUUAGAAGUAGAUGAAAUUAAUCGUUUAUUGAAGCUUCCAGGGAUGCAAAUGAAAAGGAAUCAUCAGGCAACUCGAACGGGCAAUGGCGUAGUACGGAAUUCACUGGUUACCAUUCCCGAUUCCUCUCGUAAUUAUGAAUCACGAAACAGAUGUGUUUGGAUGCUUCAGCAGUUACGACGGCGUCUGCUUCGAACGACACGAAACCUCCGAUCUUUAUCCUCCCGAUUAGGAGACCAAGACAGUGGGAGAGUUAAAAACUGGUCUACUCUAGGUCCCAGAGUACCACAUGAAGCAAUCGUUGUAUUUGGGGGCUGGGAGAACGGUCAACCAUGUAGAAAUGUCAGAGUGUUAGAUUCACGUCGGAAAAAGUGGAAAACCUACAACACCGAGUUGGAAUCAAGUCUCGUGUUGCCGCAUCCUCUCAUGAGCUUCGGAAUCGCAAAUGUGGAUAACGAAGUUAUUUACAUUGCGGGAGGAGAAAGCAGAAGUGGUCACGCUACCCAGGAAGUGCUUCGGUAUGAACUCAAGAGCAACAGUAGCAGUCGAGGCUGGAAAGGCUGCGCACCAAUGCACGAUAUUCGUAGAGACUUGAUUUUGGUAAACUUGAAAGACAAAACGCUCUAUGCAAUUGGAGGCGAUAACAAUCGCACAGUCCUUGACUCUGUAGAGGCUCUUGCAUUGGAUAAGGGUAAAUCAAAUGGUUGGGUAGAGGUUGCACGCAUGAUAAUUCCCCGAGGAGCUCCAGCCGGUGAUGCGGUCGGUUCGCUGAUAUAUGUUUGCGGUGGAUAUACGGAGAGUAGAAUGGAGUCUUUGACAAACAGUUGCGAGACCUACAACCCAGAGACUAACCAGUGGACAAUGAUACAACCGAUGACGCAACCGCGUUACUACGCUAGUGCAGUUUGCUACCAGAACCACCUGUACAUUCUCGGUGGGGGAGGAGAUAACUCAGCGAGAAUGACAACAUCUGUGGUCGCUCUGGGCUACAGUAGCACUGUGGAACGAUACACCCCAGAAGAGGGUGUGUGGGAGUUAAUGCCAUCCAUAGCUGAACGGGCUGAUUUUGCAGCGUGUGUACAUGAAGACAAGAUCUUUUGCAUAGGCGGUGGAGGUGAAGCCUUCUGUACGGCGGACAUAGAGUAUUGGCGACCAUGGGUGGGAAGAAUUCAAAUAGGCGAGGAGCGCCAUUCAUGGAGAGGUGAGAGAGAUAACUCCGAGCAUCCGAUAAAUGAGAGCACGCCAGGACCCAGUUCCGUCAACGCACCCAUUUGGAUGCCGGUGAGUGAGGGCGACGACGGUAUUACAAGUCUCAGUCCACAGUUGCCUGUGGAAACGUUUGACAGUUGGCACAAAGGAGCUCAACUUCCACUUCCCCUAUGGGGUCAUCGGUGUGUGUCUAUCAAUGGAGUGGACAAAGUCAUUCCACUUUUAUCGGGGGAAUCAAAUCCAGAUUCCAGCGCGACAGUCUCGAAUGGAACGCCUAAAAGUGUGGGGCCUUGUCGAUGGAAAGUAAAGAGAAGCGCAUCGAAUACCAUUCUCGCCAUAGUGGAUGUACACGAGUCGAUGCCCCAGAAUGAAGAAAAAGAAAAAGCUGAGGAUGGAGGAGAGGAGAAUGGAAAAAUUGAAGUUCGGGUUGGAAAGAGGACCAUGCUGGUUGAGUACUAA